UCGAAGGCGUGACGUUUGAAAUUAAACCGGAACAAACAUAGACACGCAAACAGUAUGGAUCUCUCGUCGUCAAAGCUAAGUUGGAAAUGGAGCAGGUGUUAACUUUUAUUUUGAGUGUAUUUAUCGCCUCUGUUUUCUAGUAGAGAACGUUUUUUUAUACGGUAGAUAAUUUUUUUUAUUAAAAAAAAGUUGUUAUGAAGGGCUUCGUCACUGAUUUGAUAAGCCGGAGAAGGGGGGCAAGUAGCGGGACGAUCCCACUCCUCUGGCCGCUUCUGGUCGGGGGUCUCUGGGCAGCUGUGGUCGCCUACAAGCCGGUGAUCAUCGUGCACGGCUUGUUCGACAGCUCGGGAGAUUUUAAGAACCUGCAACGCUUCAUUAACGAGUCUCAUCCUGGAACAAACGUGACAGUGAUCGACUUGUUUGACCGGAGUGCGAGUCUGCAGCCGAUGUGGAAGCAAGUGGAGGGUUUCAAGGCCGCUAUUUAUCCUAUCAUGCAAAACUCUGCAGAGGGAGUCCAUUUUAUCUGCUACUCUCAAGGUGGGCUGGUCUGCAGGGGAAUCCUCUCCACCUUGCCCGAUCACAACGUGCACACGUUCAUUUCGCUGUCCUCCCCUCAGGCAGGACAAUACGGAGAUACCGACUACUUGAAGUAUCUUUUCCCUCAGUUUGUGAAGUCCAACCUGUACCACCUUUGCUAUACAGCCAUCGGCCAGAGGAUAUCCAUCUGCAACUAUUGGAAUGAUCCCCACCACAGGGACAUGUAUGUGAACAGCAGUGACUAUCUGGCAGUGCUCAACAGCGAAAGACUGAAUCCAAAUUCAACAGAAUGGAAGAAAAACUUCUUAAAAAUCGACAAGUUGGUGCUUGUAGGAGGACCAGACGACGGUGUCAUCACUCCCUGGCAGUCGAGUCAGUUUGGAUUCUUCAACGACAACGAGACCGUUGUUGAGAUGCAGAGUCAAGAUAUUUACUUAAAGGAUGUCUUUGGUUUGAAGACCUUGGCGGCUCGUGGGGCUCUGAUCUUGUGUUCUGUCCCUGACGUCCAACACAUUUGGUGGCACUCCAAUGAGACUGUGUUUCACACUUGUAUGGAGAAGUGGCUGGUAUGAAACAAACGCACACACUAUCGUCUCUACAGCUUCAUCGGAUUCUGGCUUCCACCUGCAUAAUUUUGAAACUGAAAUUGUUUGGAUCUAAUGGGGAACUGACAGUACUGUUUUUACUUAUUUAAUUAUCUUGUUUUAUUUGUAAGGCACAAGUAAACUGUAUAUUUAACUGUAAACGCUUCCAUAAAGUGAGGAAAUAGAAGGGUGUUCUCUUUAUCUUUUAUUUUUAAAUCUUAGUCCAGUCGUCCAUCAGAGAAGCAUCUUGUCGACGCGUGUAGCAUUUAUUGGUCCCACUCUGUACCUCAAAGCAACACAACAGUGCCUGAGCGAUGUUUUGCCAUCCUGUUUUCAUGUACAGACUCACUGCCUUACUCCUGUUCAAAGCAGUCGCGCUAUGUUUUAAUAUGCUGUGGUUAGGAAUUCACGCACAGUAGCUGUAUUAGAAGCAGCCCGAGAUUUCCCCUUCAUGCGUCAGUGUUACAGCUCGCAUACCAUAAGUGCUAAGACAAACAGCUGAUGUUGUCAAAUGGUUGGAUAGAAACUUGAAAGAGUGACGGUGUUGUUUUAACGUGUACCUGCCAUUUAAUAUAUACCAUUAUUAUGUCACUUUUUACCUCUUCAUCUCAUUUGGUAUUUAGUAAUUUCAAUAUUUAUUGUCGUGCCUGUUUUGCUAUAAUGGAUUGAAUUCUCAUAACUGUACUGUAGUAUUUUAGAUAAUAUUAUUAUCGUAGGAACAUUUAAUACUUGUGGAUCUGAAGGGAUUUGUGUACUUCCUGAAAGGAAUAAUAUACUGUAUAAUAAACAAAGACAUGAUUGGGCAACAUUUUUACCUAAUAAGGGAAGAUGAGAUGAUGUGGUUUUGUUUCUAUACAGUAUUUUUUGUAUUAUUGUAUAUACUCUAUACGUGAAUUUACAGAGCUAAUUAUGGUAUGGCUUCAAGGGAUUUCAUACAUCAUGUCCGAAUGUAAAAAGGGACACAUUUUGAAAACGAAUGGAUGCAAUUAUAUUGACUAUUUUUUAUUAGAGUGUCAUCUGUCAGUGUGAUGUGUCU